UGUUGCUCUCGCCGCCCGCGGCCCCGGACCUGCCCCCUGCCGCACCCGGACCGACCUAGCUACCUGCCCCGCCGCGGAAGGACCUGUUUUUCUUGCCCCAGGAGGAUGGAGGUCCUUCAGCUCCUGCGCCUGCUCCUCACUGCCUGCAUGCUGGGCCUCUCACAGACAGUGAACCCCUUUGUGGCCCAGCAGACACCCCCAGACCCUUGCUAUGAUGAGAAUGGUGCUCCACGCCGCUGCAUCCCUGAGUUUGUCAAUGCUGCCUUCGGGAAGGAGGUACAUGCCUCAAGCACAUGUGGGAAACCUCCAACAAGGCAGUGCAAUGCCUCGGACCCCCGCAAAGCCCACCCACCAGCCUACCUCACUGACCUCAACACUGCUUCCAACAUGACAUGCUGGCGCUCGGAGACCCUGCAUCAAUCACCCCAGAAUGUCACCCUCACCCUCUCCCUUGGCAAGAAGUUUGAGGUGGUGUAUGUCAGUCUGCAGUUCUGCUCACCCCGUCCUGAGUCCACCGCCAUCUUCAAGUCCAUGGAUUAUGGCAAGACUUGGGUGCCAUACCAGUACUACUCCUCCCAGUGCCGCAAGAUCUAUGGCAAGCCCAACAAAGCCACUGUCACCAAGCAGAACGAGCAGGAGGCCCUCUGCACUGAUGGCCUCACUGACCUCUACCCCCUCACUGGUGGACUCAUCGCCUUCAGCACCCUUGAUGGGCGGCCUUCCGCCCAAGACUUUGACAACAGCCCCGUGCUCCAGGACUGGGUGACAGCCACUGACAUCCGGGUCAUUUUCAGUCGCCCUCAUCUCUUCCGUGAUCUGGGGAGUCGUGACAAUGAAGAAGAGGAUGGAGGCACAGGCUCAUCACCCUAUUACUAUGCGGUGGGAGAGCUGCAGGUUGGUGGGCGCUGCAAGUGCAACGGGCAUGCAUCACGCUGUGUGAAGGACAAGGAACAGAAGCUGGUGUGCGACUGCAAGCACAACACGGAGGGCCCUGAGUGUGACCGCUGUAAGCCCUUCCACUACGACCGCCCCUGGCAGCGGGCCAACGCCAGGGAGGCCAACGAGUGUCUCGCCUGCAACUGCAACCUGCACGCCAGACGCUGCCGCUUCAACAUGGAGCUCUACAAGCUCUCAGGCAGGAAGAGUGGAGGAGUUUGCCUCAACUGCCGGCAUAAUACUGCGGGGCGGCAUUGCCAUUACUGCAAGGAGGGUUUCUACCGGGACCUGAGCAAAUCCAUCACUGAUCGCAAAGCUUGCAAAGCCUGCGACUGCCACCCAGUUGGGGCAGCUGGUAAAACCUGCAACCAGACUACAGGACAGUGUCCAUGCAAAGACGGUGUGACAGGCCUCACAUGUAACCGCUGUGCCAAGGGCUACCAGCAGAGCCGCUCACCAGUGGCCCCCUGCAUCAAGAUCCCGGCCAUCAACCCAACCUCCCUCGUCACCAGCACAGAAGCACCUGCAGACUGUGACUCGUACUGCAAACCAGCCAAAGGCAACUACAAGAUUAAUAUGAAAAAGUACUGCAAGAAGGACUAUGUGGUCCAAGUGAACAUCUUAGAAAUGGAGACGGUGGCUAACUGGGCCAAGUUCACCAUCAAUAUCCUCUCUGUCUACAAGUGCCGUGACGAGCGGGUCAAGCGUGGUGACAACUUCCUGUGGAUUCACAUGAAAGACUUGUCCUGCAAGUGUCCCAAAAUCCAGAUCAGCAAGAAGUACUUGGUAAUGGGUAUCAGUGAAAACUCCACUGAUCGGCCAGGACUGAUGGCCGAUAAGAAUAGCCUGGUUAUUCAGUGGAGGGAUGCUUGGACUCGUCGUCUUCGGAAACUGCAACGACGGGAGAAGAAAGGGAAAUGCAUGAAACCAUGAGGAGUUUCAUGUCUGUCCCUUACCUAAGUCCUCAACCUUGCCUGUGCGCACUGCCUAGACUGCUCUCAGAGACUCUGUAUA